AUGGUGGUGGACCAAGAUCGAAUUUUCGUGACGACCAAUUCUGAAUCUGCCACCCUCCUUCACCACAGGGAGCUCUGCUCCUUCGGUUCAGGAACAUGGUGUGAUGGAGCGGAUGCAGUUGAAACCAUGGAAAGUGACUCCAAGUGGAUAUCGGGAGCAGUUUCAUUUGAAACACCGAUAGUUCUUGAGCGAAAAAAGGUUCUGAGCCAUCUGCAGGGAGUGGCUUGCUUAGAGAAGCCCACUCCAUUGCGUCAGCUCUUGACCAUGUUGGAAGACGCUGGAGAGGUCCGUGUUGGCUACAGUCACCACACUGUUGAUCUCCCGCAAGACUCCAUCAAGUCCGAAAAGGCUUUGUGCUUUGCUAUUGAUGCCAAGCAGCAAGAUGAUGCAGUGGAACCGCCAAAGAAAAAGCAAAAGAACAUCCCGAAGAAGGCAAGAUAA